CCGGCCGGGCACGGCCUCAGGAGCGCUCCUCACUGCGCCGUGACAGCGGCAGCGGCGCCCUCAGCCCCGGCGCCCUCAGCGGGGCCGCUCCCACAGCCCCGGCGCCCUCAGCGGGGCCGCUCCCACGGCCCGCACCGCGCCACGAGAGGCGCCGGGGCUGGCGGGGCCGCGCCGGGCCGGGCCAGGCUGAGGGGCUGGGCCAGGCCGAGGAGAGAACAGGGUCAGAAUUAGCGUUGAUUGCACCUUCAGCUCCGCUGGGCGGACUUAGAGCGAGUUAAAUGCAAGCAGCCAAAUUCUCUUCCCAGUGCUUCAGUCCAUGUCUGAGUCUGUUUAGAAGAGCAAAGCUGCAGGUGUGUCUGCACAGCUCCUGGUGGCAGCAGGAUCCCCCAGACAUCGGCAGCAGCUGACACCUUCACUGUCCUCCCUCGAGAAGCAAGAGCUUGGGCUGCAUCUCUGAGUUUAGACCUCCAGCCUCAGCAUCCUGACCUGGUGCCACCUUUGGGAAGAUGAAUCAGGACAGUUACUCAAGUGAGCAGCCCACGGGCCAGGACCCACUCCUACUGCUGAAAACCCUUCAGCUUCUCUGGACAAAGCAAGAGCUGGGGAAGCUCAAGGAAGAAAUCAGGCGGGGCUUUGCCAGACUGGAGGACCCUUUGGCAGGAUUCCUGGCCAUGCUGGAGAGCAGCAGUGAUUGGAAGGGGAAAGGGCAUUCCCUGGGGUAUUGCAUCACCACGGAGCUGCAGCUUUGGAUAAAAACGCAUCCUGCUGUCCCACAGUCUGGCACCAAGCUGAAGAAGCUGCAGGCCCGUGUGCUCGGAAUGCUCUCCCAGUGCCCAACUAAUCUGCUUGACCCCCUGAUUAGCAUUUACCAGCUCCACACAGCGGACCGGAACUGUUUGCUUGAGCAUGUCAGUCAUCUUUAUCUCCAGGGCAGUUACAAAGAGGCAGCCAUACUGAGUAUUAAGCUGAAAUUACAGCCAGAUCAAGAUGUAGAGAAGAUGUGUACCCCACUACUGCUCCAGGAUAAAGCUAACUUGGUGGAAGAUUAUGUGGCAGAAUAUCCUGAGCUCCAGAGGAAGCUCUUGCAGACCCUGGACAAGUGGUGUGACCCCAGCUUCAAUAUCAGGGACAUCACAAGACCAUAUCAAGGCCUGUCCAGGUGCAAACCCGAAAAGUUGAACCGCAGAGUGCUCAGCAAGUUGGUCUUCAGGCUCCUGGAGAGAUUCAGUGUUGACCCAGCUCUCUGCCCCAAUGUUAUAAAUCAACGGCACUUGAGAACCCUGAAUUACCUCUUUUACAAGAGAUUUGUUGAGAAAACCAUGUCUGAGGAGAAUUGGGCAGACCAUAUUCAGAGCACGGUGGGGGAGAACCGCUGGCUGCAGGCGCAGCUGGUGCAGGCGCUGCUGCGGCACUGCGGCGCGCGCGGGGCCGCGCGCUGGGCACGGCGCUGCCGCCUGCCCCCCGAGCUGCUGCAGGGCCUGCCUGAGGAGCUGCACGUCCAGGACAGGGUAGAAGAGGUCACAAAAGCAGACAAUUAUGAGGCCAGUAAGAAGAAGGACUAUUACCAGAUUCCUAUUUCACGGGAAAAGAUUCACUUUCUGCAGACAUGGGAGGAGACCCUGCAGUGCUGGGAGAAGGUGCUGCAGCCUGGACAGGUGGUUGGAGUGGACAUGGAGUGGAAGCCUUCCUUUGGCAUGGUGGGGAAGCCCCGUGUCGCCCUCCUGCAGCUUGCACUGAAGGAUGAGGUGUUCCUGCUGGACCUGCCACAGCUCCUCGAGCAAGCUGAGGCUGAGGGAGAGAAGGAGAAGCUUCCCCGUUUCAUCCAGAUGCUCUAUUCAGACUCAGCCAUCACUAAACUAGGUUAUGGGAUGUCUGGAGACCUCAGCAGCCUUGCAGCCACAUGUUCUCCUCUGAAAGACAUGGAGAAGCAAAUGCAAGGUGUGGUGGAUCUUCUUGCAGUGGACAAACAACUGCAGUGGGGGAAGGACGGCCGGAAGGUCGAUGGACUGUCCCCAGAGCACAGGCACCAGGAGAAGGGGCUCAGCCUGCUGGUGCAGCACGUGCUGGGGAAGCCUCUGGACAAAACAGAGCAGCUGUCAAACUGGGAGAAGCGGCCACUCCGGGAGGAGCAGAUCCUCUAUGCAGCCUCAGAUGCCUACUGCUUGCUGGAGAUCUAUGAGAGGCUCUGCAAGGACCCCGAGAGCUUCGGGCUGGGCUCCGACCUGACAGACAGUCUGAUGGGAAAGCAGAGCAAAAAGCCCAGGGAAAAGAAGCAGCUGAAUAAACAAGAAGCAUCAUCACCUUCUGGACAGGAGUGCCAAGGACCCAGAAGAGAGCCCUCAGGCCCCCCUGCCCCCCUCUCCCCCCGGGAGUUCAGCGUGGUGUGUGACAACAUGCUGCAGGGCCUGGGGCGCUACCUGCGCUGCCUGGGCGUGGAUGUCCGGCUGCUGGGCUCUGAGGAUGACCACAGGAAAGCUGCUGAGAUUGCCCGACAGGAAGGAAGAGUCAUUUUGACCUCUGGACUCCCAUAUCAGACUCUGCGCUCCCAGGUGGGAGAAGGAAGGUGUUUCUCUGUCAACUGCUGCCAGAAGGCAAAGGAGCAGGCGCUGCAGGUGCUGAAGCACUUCAACGUGCAGGUGUCCCCGGGUGACAUCUUCAGCCGCUGCCAGGUGUGCAAUUGCAACAAGUACCUGAAGGUCUCACGGGAGAGGAUGAGGCAGCUGGUGGAGAGCAGCAGACAAGCAGCAGGGGAGCACAGUGCAGGCUGCCCAGGGAGCCAGAGCUGCGAUGCCACCGUGCCAGUUUGUGACACAGCCCAGCCUGGCCGUGCCCCACGUGGCGAGGAGGCAGAGGGGAUGGAGCAGUGCAGGGCAGCCACGGUGCUGGCAGGGGACACGGUCCUGCAGGUCGCUGCCAUCCCCCCCAGGGUGCUGGACAGAGCUGAACUCACUCACUUCUACUGCUGCUCCCGCUGUGGGAAGGUGUUUUGGGAAGGGUCCCAUUUUGGACGCGUUGUCUCCCAGUUUCAGGGUGUGCUUGUGGUCCCUGGGGACACACAGAGUGUCUAUGAGCUGAGCUGAGCUGAGGGGAAGCACAGGGGCUCCACAGGGGAAUGGGGGCUGCCUGGGGAGCCUCAGCAGAUUUUGGGCCCUGGGGAGGGAGGAGCUCUCAUUUUGGGAUCCCCCACGGAGAGCACUGUCACAGAUGCACCAGUGGUUUGCAGCAGCCCAAAAGUACAUGGCCUCCCUGAGAUCAUUAAAACAGAGGUGGCUGAAGAAUGGACCCUUUGUUUUAUUUCUACCCCUCUCCAACCUACUCAUGGCGAGAUGCUGGCAGAGCUCUGCUGACCAAAACCCCACCCCAUCAGUGCUGACCCCAGCACACCCACUCACCCAGUGCCCCUCUGCCCACUCACUCAGGGGGAGCAGGAGCUGCAUCCCCAACAGCAGCACAGGGCAGAGAGCAUCCUGAGCACUCCCAGGCUGUGGAAACAGCAAAAGGCAACCAUCCCCACACUGCAAUACUGGGCACUGACAGCCCAAGCACUCAGGCUCCACACAGGCUCACCCUUGUGUCAGCAUCCUGCUUCUUUGGGGUUUGUUCUGGGAGGGCAGACACUGGGGACGAGGCAAAGCAGGAAUGGUGCAGAGCCUCCAGCCACCAGCCCUCACACAGUGUGUUGCUUCGUCACACCAUGAAAUAAACCUCUCCAAAAUGGGGUGAACCUUUCCACACCCUCUUUAGGGGAAGCUGCUGAGCCAAAUGCACAUCUGACCACUUUUGGGCACUUCUGGCCUUUGCUAGCUGGCUUUUCCAGAGCUGUGGUUUGACAUUUAUCUGCCAGUGCAACCACUGUGGAGAGGAGCUCACAGGAGAUGGAGACACAUGGUCCUGUCCCUCCCCUAGGGACAGCUGCCAAGGAGGUGCCUUCCUUCUGACCCCUGGGGACAGUAGGGUCACCUCCUGGCCAACUCCAGGACUUUAUCUGCUUGAGAGCUCCCCCAGUUUAGGGGUGAGCUCUUGUGUCUCAGUCAGGGCUGUGCUAGGGCAGAAUCCCAUGGCUGGGACCCAGGGCAGAAUUCAGCAAGUGGUGUGUGCCUGUGAACUUGGCAUGAAACAGCUCCUAGAGGUUUCUGUCCAGAUGUGCUGGCACCCAGCACAGCACCCUCUCCUUCCUGCUGCCCACAGGAGGUGGUGCUGUGGUAGGAAGUGUGCAGCAAGGUCACCUCCAGUCAUAGAGAUGGUCAACAGCAAAUUCCACAUCAGAUCAGCCUUGAGGAGCAUCCAGGAGGUAAUAAAUUGUCCUUUUUGAAUAGUGGAUACAUAUCAAAGGGAAUUAAAGCAGCUUUCUAAUUAGCUUACAAUAUUGUUUCCUUAUCUGGCUGCU